UGAGGUUGAACGCAGCUACUUCAAUGUUAGACUCCAGGCUCUCUAAGUCUUCGGAUGCCCGUGUGCAGGACAGGCACGUGACCUGUUAUCAUAGCUUACAAAUAUAUAUUUCCAGUAUUAGAAUAGAAAUCAUUCAUUCGACAUGUCUCCUUCCAAGGAUUUCACGAAAACGCAGCUAGAAGCACCAGAGCCCGAGCACUGUCCCGGGCCAGAGUCUGAGCAGGCAGGAAAGGACGAUGCCUGUGAAGGGUGUCCCAAUCAGACCAUUUGUUCCACCCAGAUGCCCACCGGCCCCGACCCUGAUCUCCCGCUCAUCAACAAACGUUUGUCUCAAAUCGACCAUAAAGUGCUUGUUCUCUCCGGAAAAGGCGGUGUGGGCAAGUCUACCUUCACCUCGAUGUUGUCGUGGGCCCUAGCAGCAGAUGAGGAUUUAGAAGUGGGUGCUAUGGAUUUGGAUAUUUGUGGACCCUCCUUGCCCAGGAUGUUGGGAGCAGAAGGUGAGAGCAUUCACCAGUCAAACUCCGGAUGGUCCCCAGUCUAUGUUGCCGAUAACUUGGGGUUGAUGAGCAUAUCUUUCAUGUUGCCAGAUCCCGACUCGGCCAUCAUAUGGAGAGGAGCCAAAAAGAACGGAUUGAUAAAGCAGUUUUUGAAAGAUGUCAACUGGGGUGAGCAUUUGGACUAUUUGGUGGUGGAUACUCCACCUGGGACCUCUGACGAGCAUUUGUCGGUAACUUCGUACAUGAAAGAGGUAGGAAUCGACGGCGCCCUCAUUGUUACUACUCCACAGGAGGUUGCCUUGUUGGACGUGAGGAAGGAAAUUGAUUUCUGCCGCAAGGCCAACAUCAAGAUCCUUGGCUUGGUAGAGAAUAUGUCUGGGUUCGUGUGCCCCAACUGCAAGGGAGAGUCACAAAUUUUCAAAGCCACCACUGGAGGGGGUCAGAAAUUGUGCGAGGACUUGAAGAUUCCAUUCUUGGGGUCAGUUCCGUUGGAUCCAAGAAUAGGCCGUGCUUGUGACGCUGGGGAGUCAUUUUUCGAUAGCUACGCUGAUUCUCCCGCUGCCACUGCCAUCUUAGACGUGGUGGACGCUUUGAGAGAUCAAAUCGAGUUGUCUGUGAGCAAGUUGGCCAUUUGAGGGCCAUUCAAGUGUACAGCGACGGCGCAAAAAGCCUCAAAUCUUCAGCAGUCACUACAUUGUAUUAUAGAAUAUAGACCUAACUAGUCAGGGGUAAUAUAGAGGCUACCGGUUUAAGCAUACAUUAAUUGUCAUAUCAGCGUCUUAGAUUUUCCAGUCUGACAUAGCUUUAUGACACCCCCAAUCUGGAAUCUGUCAAGUCUCAAAUCACUUCGAGAAUUACGCAUAAAGCUUUUAGAACUCAUAAAGCAGCAAUUUUCCCUACAUUGGUAUCCACUACAGUUAGCUGCCCAAGUACU